UGAAUUGAUUGAUCGAUCAUACAAGGUACAGAUAUUUUCAAGACCUUGUUUUAUCAACAACUUUCCCAUUCCCUUUCCCUUCCUCUUCCUCUUCCUCUGGUGGAAUUGAUUUCCAUGGAAAUUCUGAGCUUUUUACCUCCGACCCUUCCUGUAUUUGUAUCAUUCUAUAUCAUCAUAUAUCUCUUGGGAUACUUCAUAAUCUUCCGAAAAUGGAGAGGAAUAAACAGAGCUCAAGCUUCAAGUUGUCUUCUCUCUAUAGCCCACGCCACACCUGCUGUUCUUUUAGCAUCUUAUUCAAUGCUCAGCACGCAAAACCAACUCGAUUUUGCUUCUCCAAACACCGAAUUCCAGAACAUGGUACUGGAAUACAGCAUUGCCUACUUCUUCAUAGACCUCUUGCACUACAUAUUUUUCAUUCCGAACGACGCCCUUUUCAUUGCUCACCAUUUGGCAACACUGUAUGUGUUCGUGACCUGCCGGUACGUGGUUCAUCACGGGGCCUUCGCCAUUCUUGUGCUGCUUAUUCUCGCCGAGGUCACCAGCCCGUGUCAGAACACUUGGAGCCUCGCCAGAUACCGGAAAGACGACGUGCCGGCGGCUGCAAAAUUGUGUGAAUUCUUGUCGUUGCCGUUCUAUGCGUUUUAUUCUGUUGUUAGAGGUGUGUUUGGACCCCUUUUUGUGUAUAAAAUGGGGGUUUUCUAUACGAGCAGAGCAGCCGAUGGUGUGAUUCCUAUAUGGGCUUCGGUUUCUUGGAUGGUUGUGAUUGUGAGUGCAAUCUUCCUUAGCAUAUUGUGGGUUUUGAAUCUUUGGAUAGAACUUUAUAGAGAGCGAGCUACAAAAGAACUCAAGAAACUGAGUUAGGGUCUGGAAGUCGUUAUUAAUAAUGGGUUUUGAUACCAAACUUAUUAUUGUGGUGUGAAGUUAUUGAUUUAUGUCAAAUUUGUAUAUAUACCAUCUUGUAUUAUAGGCCAUUAAAAAUAUGAAAUACAAUUGACACAUUUUUUUUU